AUGAGGGCAGCUUCUGCCGAUCCCGCAGGGAAGUCUGGAGUGGGAAGAACACCUCAGAUGUCCCAAGCUGAGUUGGGCUUCCAUGCUGUGGCCCACCACCCGCUGGGAGAGGAGGAGGAUGCCUACUUCCAGGCACGCCCUGCAUUCUUCACUCCAGCAGCCAAGGGCAGCUCCCCCAGAAGAGGUGGGAGUGCUGCUGUGGGAGGUGGACAGGGGCCCAGCAAUGAUGAAAGGUGCUCUGGAUGCAGCAUCAACACUGUCCAUGACAAGCCAGUGUCUCCUUCAAAUCCCAGCAAGUCCAGGGCUUGGUCGACAGAGGUAAUGGAAAGGCAGCCUCGUUUGGAGGAAGAAUAUGCCCUGGACCUGGAGAGUCAAGCCCUGAGGCCUCAGUCCUGGCAUGGCUUCACUGUGAGUGCCGAGGAGGACGCCAAGUGGCUUCAGUGGGUGACACACCAGUUUGAGACCAUUGCAGGAGAAAACAGGGAAAUCAACCUGCAAGAUCUCAAAAGAGCCCUGAAUGUGAAAGAGUCCUUCUUUGCCAAGAGAUUCUUCAUUCUGUUUGACUCGGAUGGAAGUGGCACCAUCACGUUUCAGGAGCUGCAGGAGGUGUGGACCCUGCUCAUCCACGGCAUGUUGACGGUAAAGGCCCUUUGUGAGGUGGGGGGCAGGACUCAGUAGGGGGGACAAAGGGAACGGCCUAUCUCAGUGAUUGCCCAGCAUGGGGCUUCUGCAAGUACAGAGCGAGGGAGCGGCUCCAUCAACGUGGACGAGCUGCGCAUCGCACUGCAGUCGUGCGUGCGUGACAGCGCCAUCUCGCUGCCCGAGGAGAAGCUGGACCAGCUGACGCUGGCGCUCUUCAAGCUGGCGGACAAGGACUGCAGGGGCGCCAUCACCUUCAAUGAGCUUCGAGACCAGCUGCAGCGCUUCCCCGGGGUUAUGGAGAACCUGACCAUCAGUGCUGCCCACUGGCUGACUCCUUGCGCCGCCGGGCUGCCCCGACACCGUCCUCGCCAGCUGACCUCUGCCUACUGGCACAACCACGACAGCCACCUGCCCUGCCUGGCCGCCUACGUGGGCCUCCACGUGCUGCUCUUUGCCCUGGCAGCUAGUGCGCACCGGGCCCUCAGCGCCAGUGUCAUGGUGGUUAAGGACUGUGGCCAAUGCCUCAACUUUGACUGCAGCUUCAUCGCGGUGCUGAUGCUUAGGCACUGCCUCACGUGACUGCAGGCCACGUGGCUGGCUCAGGUCCUGCUGCUGCACCACAACCUCCAGUUCCACCAGCUUAUGGGCUAGGUGGUCGGGCUCUCCCUCGUCCACACCGUGGCCCAUGUGGUGAACUUCGCACUCCGGGCUCAGUCCAAGGCCAGCCCCUUCCAGUUUUGGGAACUGCUGCUCACCACGAGACCUGGCAUUGGCUAGGUCCACGGCUCGGCCUCCCUGACUGGUGUGGCCCUGCUGCUACUGCUGCUUCUCAUGUCCGCCUGCUCCAGCUCCUGUGUCCGCAGGAGCGGCCACUGUGAGGUGUUCUGUUGGACCCACCUGUCCUACCUCCCAUGUCUGCAUGGGCCCAACUUCUGGAAGUGGCUGCUGGUCCCUGGCACCUUGUUCUUCCUGGAGAAGGCCGUCAGCCUGGCCGCAUCCCUCAUGGAGGCCCCGUGCAUCAUGGAAGUCAAUCUCCUCCCUUCCAAGGUCACUCAUCUCCUCAUCAAGAAGCCCCCCUUCCACUACAGGCCUGGUGACUACUUGUAUCUGAACAUCCCCACCAUCGCGCACCAUGAGUGGUACCCCUCCACCAUCAGCAGCACUCCCGAGCAGAGAGACACCAUCUGGCUACAUACCCAGUCCCAGGGCCAGUGGACAAACAGGCUGUAUGAGUCCUUCAAGAAAUCAGACCCAGUGGGCUGUGGUUCCGAGAGGCUCUCAAGGAGUUUGAAGAUGAGAAGGAGUCAGAGGAAGCCGCAGGGAAGUGACUGCAGGGAAGUCUCCGAGGUGUCCUCUGAGAACCACCGGCUCUGUAACAUCAAGUGCUACAUCGAUGGCCCUUACAGGACCCCCAACCGCAGGAUCUUCACCUCCGAGCAUGCUGUGCUCGACGGGGCAGGCGUCGGCAUCACCCCCUUUGCUUCCAUCCUGCAGAGCAUCUUGUACAGGCACCAGAAGAGAACGCCCAUCUGCCCCAACUGCCAGCACUCUGGGAGGGAGGGUGUGCAGGAUGCUGACAUGAAAUUCCACAAGGUGGACUUCAUCUGGAUCAACCGAGACUAGCGGUCUUUCGAGUGGUUUGUGAGCCUGCUGACCAGACUGGAGAUGGACCAGGCCGAGGAGACUCAGGAGGGCCGUUUCCUGGAGCUGCGCAUGUAUAUGACCUCCGUGCUGGGCAAGAAUGACAUGAAGGCCAUUGGUUUGCAGAUGGCCCUCGACCUCCAGGCCAAGAAGGAGAAGAAGGAUUCCAUCACGGGCCUCCAGACACGCAGCCAGCCUGGGCGGCCAGUCCAGGUGUUCCAGAAGUUAGCCACUGAGAAGAAGGGCAAGGAGCAGGUCUUCUUCUGUGGCUUCCCAGCUCUGGCCAAGGUGCUCAAGGGCCAUUGUAAGCAGUUCAGCUUCAAGUUUUUCCAAGGGAACUUCUAG